CUACACGAUGGCGUAAAGGUGGAAGCCAAAGGUGGAAAUGGAGGGACUCAAUGGGAUGAUGGAUUCGAUUAUGAAGGUGUUACAAAGAUACAUGUACAAGGUGGUAAUGAAGGCAUUCAGUUCAUCAAAUUUGACUAUGCCAAGGCUGGAAAAACGAAGAUGAAUAUUUGUUAUUUGUUGAGGGUUAUUAUGACAUCCACGGGUGUGGUUCAAUCAAUCAAAUUCAUAACUAACAAGAAAACUUCUCAUACGAUGGGGUUCAACGAUGGUGCUAAGUUUUUACUAAGAGCCGCCAGGAGCAGGAUCGUUGGGUUUCAUGGAUUUGCUGACAAGAAUCUCAACUCUCUUGGAGCAUAUUUCAUCAAGAAUCCUUUAACCAAAUCGGCAAUGCAAGGUGGUCAGACGACAGGCAUAGCUUAUGAUCAUGGUGGUGACUAUGAUGGUAUAAGAAAAGUGUAUGUUACAUUUGAUGGCACUCAAAUCAGGCAUAUCAGGGUCGACUAUGACAAAGCCGGUAAGCUGGAAACCCAUGAGCACGGGGACAAGGUCCAAACACCACAUGAGUUUGUCGUCGAUUAUCCCUAUGAAUAUAUCACAUCUGUGGAAGGAAGCUACGGAGUGAGCCCAAAAUAUAAGUGUGAUGUCGUUACCUCGUUAACUUUCAAAACAUCAAAUGGAAGAACCUCUGGAAUAAUUGGAAGCGGUUGGUACCAAGUUCGUGUUGGAGAGCCAAGGCAAUGCUAUUGUUGGGUUCCAUGGACGGGUAGUAUCGGGGCAUAUUACAACACUCCGUUGCCUCCUCCUCCUCCAGAGAAACUAGAGGGACAAGGUGGGGAUGGAGGAGAUUCUUGGGAUGAUGGUGCUUUCUUGAAUGUGAAGAAGAUAUACAUAGGACAAGGAGAUGUUGGUAUCGUCUCCGUUAAGUUUGAGUACGAGAACAACGCUAGUGAGGUGGUUGUGGGAGAUGAACAUGGAACUAAGACAUUGCUUGGAUACGAAGAGUUCGAGCUUAAUUAUCCGAGUGAAUACAUCAUAUCGGUGGAGGCUUGGUACGAUAAGGUUAUGGGAGCUGAAACUGGAGUUAUAACCAUGCUUAAGUUCAAGACAAACAAACGCAUCUCUCGACCAUUUGGACUUGAAUCUGCUUCCAGUUUCGUCCUUCAGAAGGAAGGUUACAAAAUCACUGGUUUCCAUGGAAAAUCCGGUACCGUGCUUCACAAGAUUGGGGUCCAUGUGAUUCCAUCACCCAGUGACCAUCCAUAACUAGCUAGCUAGCUAGCUUCACUGUCGAAUGAUCAAUCCUCAGACCAAGUUCGGUUAUGAAUCUGUUGUUGCUUGCAUGUUUUUCUUUUUCUUUUCUUUUUUUCUUUAUGCAUCGUGUGUAAUAAAAGCAGGUAAUCCUCAACCUGUUUCAACUUUUCAAAUAAUAAAAUUAAUAUAAAGUUUCCUUCUUUAGAUGAAUGAAUGUUUUUAUAGAU